AGCUAAUUGCUGGCAACUUCAUUAAACGCGGAUCGGAUAACUGCUGCGGAUGCAAGGGGGCGGGGGGUAGAGAUAGUGAGUGGCCUGCAACCGAUAGACGAUCGACGGAUUGUCUCGUUGACUAACCUUUUAUAGCAAUAUAACAUUAAAUUCCAAACUUUUCUCUCCCCCUCCCGCACACCAACCCCUGUCGCUCUCUUUGCUGUUUCGCUUUGCUCUGCUCUUAUUACACAACCCCCCCCCCCCCCCACCACAACCACCGUCGACGCGUUUUAAUUACGAAAAGCUUUUUUAUUUUACACUUUAGAUGAGCAUGUGUUGCACGGCAUGGGGGAUUAAAAGGAUUUUUCUGGAGGGGGGGUUGGUUAGCAAGGACGCGUCAAAAAGGAGGUCUGCAAGGGGGAGGAGGGGUGAGGAGUGUUUUCUAACACAUCUGUAAACGGAGCCCAAGCUCAUUAAUUAAAUGGCUUUAGUCAGGCUAGGCCUCAAUUUGCGCUGUUGAGCAGCAGCAGCAGGAAGCGGCGGGCGGUGCAAGCGCUACAUGCCCGCUCGGCGAGGCACAAUCAGUGGGGAGGAGUCUGGGGAGAAGGCGAGCAGCAAUAGCAAUGGGACAGCGGAGUGGCUGUGCCCUUUGUGCCAAAAAGGGCAAGCAGACAGAGCCUCCCUGUCUCAACACCUCACCGACCAACACAGCGUGCUCCCGACGUGUCUUGACAAACUGCUAGACAUCUCUGUUCUCAAACGAGAGGCGAGGCAAGAAGAGAGAAAAGGUGCUCUAAUAUCUUCAGCUGCAGUUUGGACACCAGAGAGGCCAUCUGAAGACAUUGCCUCACAACCCUACCAGCCUAGUUCAGACGCUACCCAUCGAGAUAAGGAGAUGGAGGAAGACAGAAUGUUAGAUGAGGAGGGAGGUGAAGCUGAACCGCAGCCAGAAGAUGAGGCAAAUGAAAUCCCAGAAGCCAAACGGCAAAAUGCGUCUGAAAAUGAAGGAGACGGCAGUCCAAAGUCCGCUGGUAAAAACGGCGUGCCUGGUGAGAAUAACACACUCUCGUUCAAAUGCAGCGCCUGCCUGGAAACGUUUCCCAGCAGAACUGCCCUGAGUGUUCAUUAUUACUCAGCCUCGCACAUUCAGAAAAUGACAACAAUACAAAGUGGAGAAGCCGACUCCCAAUCUCCUUCCGCCGCUGCCGUUUCUCGGCCGUAUGUCUCAAACAAACCCUACCAGUGUGCUGUAUGUCGGGUCUCAUACAAUCAUUCCAUCACCCUUGAGAGCCAUCUGAAGUCUGUCUUGCAUCAGACCCGCAGUAGGAGUGCUGCAAACAGCUCAGUCACCCUUAGUAGUAGUGGAGGCAGCACCAGCAGUACUCCAAACACCACAGUGAGUACUGCUAGUGGAAGCAGUCAGUUGGCCGCCGCCACCACAACCAACUGUGCUACUCCCGGAACCAUGAUGGUGACCACAGCUGGAGAUGCAGAGCAGAUCCAAACUUCACAAGCGGCUCCCUCCCUCAUCACCCCACCUGUGGCCUCAGCUCAGGCGGUCUCGGCCUUUCUCACCCUCCUCACAUCCAGCCCGAGCGCUCUCUCACACCCCCUCAUCCCCUCCCUGUAUGCGCCUGGCGGUGGUGCAGACGCAGCUCAGAUUGUGCCUCAGCCUCACAUGGUCAUGCCCUUGAUUCUGAAUGGCCUCCAAGCCCAGCAAGCCCAGCAAUGCCCCGAGAACCAGCAAGGACAGCUCCUUACCCCGUGUGUGCCAUUUGUGGGUCUCAACGCAGCACAGCAAGCCCUCCUGACCCAAAGACUUAGUAUGUUACAGCACCAGUGGCCCCCUGUUGCUGUUCCAGCUAAUACACCAGCAGCCCCAGAGCAACAAAAGCAGAGCGUUAAGCCAGAGAGUAGUGAGGCAGGCGAAGAAAAGAUGUUUGAUGGGGUUAGCAUCAAGACAGAGGAACCCGAGGAAGAGAGUUGUCCUAAUACAGAAAGCAAAGAGAAGAUUGAGAGUAACGAAGACGUUUGGAAGGCACCAACAGAUAGCAAAACCUUGACUGACCAUGUAGACAUGGAAGUUGACAAAAGUCCAGGUCCCUGCCCAGUUGCCAUGGCAAAGACUGUCCAUAACAACCUCUCACCCUCUCCAUCAAUGCCUAGCAACUCAAGCUACAGCCCUGUACAUUUAAACCUUACGCUCAGCCCUGAUUCCACUCCUCAAAAAUCACAAGCAACCGCCAGUCCGAGUGGUUCUGUUGGUACCCCAAAAUCUAGCCCUGUCGCCUUAAGCAACCAGUCUCGACUUCGUUGCAGUAACUUGGGAGCAGUUUAUCCAGAACUUCCAGUGUUGUCGGAGUUUCAGUCAGAGGUUCUUUGGGCUUUCUUUGAAUCACGAAGCGAGGCGGAUGCUGCAAGUCCUCCCCGUGAGGACUGUGAGGCGCUGGCACGAGAGGUGGGGCUUUCUGAGGAGGAGGUGCGCAAAUGGCUUUGCCAAGCCAGAUAUGCCAAACAGAGACAGAGAGCAGAGCUUGCACACCAGCAAGGUUUGUUGGGAUCUCUGAGGGCCACUCAAGGCAGCGACAAUGACUAUGAUGAUGAAGAAAACUCGCUGGUUAUAGCAGAAGAAGAACUGGAGGAGGAGGAGGAUGCUGAUGAUGCCAGCAGCCAGGCAAUGGAUUUGUCUAGUACAAGUAGACGGCGGCAUCAGAAAAGUUCAGGAAGGGAAGGUCAGGGAGAUUCCUGCCUGACUUCUGACUCGGAAAAUGAGGUCUACACCUCUGUGAUUGUGACAGAUGAGGAAAGUCAGAAUGAAGGUGUUCGAGAGGCUCCUGAAAGCCCUGUCAAAGAAGAAGUGCAGCGUGAGGUCCAGUGUGACAAAGGGGUUAUCGGAGGAAAAGUCUUGCGCUCCACAACGGUCUUCCUCUCGGACGCAGAGGACGACGAUGACGACGACGAAGGUGGAGGCAGCCAUCGGUCCAGGAAGAAAAAACGGAAGGGGGAUUUUGAACAUGAGGUGGAAGUGAAACGAGAGAGACAAGAUCCGGAUGUGGACCUUGAGCUGGAGGCCCAAGCGGAUCCUCCAAGUUCACAGCCCUUUUCCAUUGACCAGAUUCCAAGCGCCGCUCUUCACUCCCUCCCUCUGUCUCUCACACCUUUUUCCACACCAUUCCUGAGCCCUUACGUCCUCUCGCUCGGACCAUCAUUAGUUGGAGUUGGGAGCAAAGUACCCGUCUUUACUAACCCAUCUAACGUCACCAGUUUCUCCAGUUCCCUUCUAUCGCAAUCCCUCUCUUCCAUCAACCAAGCUUCUCAAUAUUUGUCCAAUGGUGGUGAUUGUGAGACUGCGCUGGACCUGAGUAUGGGAAAAAACAAUUCAUCCUCCUCUCAGGCUGACAAAAUUUCAGUACAGAAAGGGCAGUUGCUGGAUGGACUCGGCCUGAGGCCCACAUCCCAAGGUCUGGUUGUGGUUCAGGUUAAACCUGAGUCUCUCACCACCAUGACCUCUUCGAACACUUGUAUGACUCUGGCCAACAGCAACAACCUGACAAAGUCCAGUCAUUACUCAAGGCCAGCCGAGAAAACGAAUGCAGUGCUUUUAGAUAAAGAAAAAGACAAUGAGAAGGACAAGGAGCGUGGGCAGCAACAGCAGAGGAGGGCCAAAGGGAAACGAUACCACGAUAUGCGGCGCUCGAGGACCAUCAUUCAAGCGGAACAACUUGACAUACUGUACGGAUGCUACUUCAAAGAUCCAAACCCUGGGAAAAAUGAGUUUGAGCAGAUUGCAGAAUGGGUUCACCUUCCCAAGAAAGUUGUUCAGAUAUGGUUCCAGAACAUGAGGGCGAGGGAACGCAAGGGUGAGGUCCGAUUCAUCAGCGAUGGAACCCUGGCGGCGGUCGGUAAACCCCUCAUCAAAUUCACCUGGCCUCUUUCCAAACCCAUUUUUUCCAACAAGCCCGUCACCAAUAACACCGGAAGCAUCACCACCGCGCCAAUUGUGCGCACUCUCAUCAGGACGGAGGGCAAACCUGCAGGUGCGAUGAAAAAAUGUACGCCUGUACCGAUCAAGCCCAAGGAGGUGGUUUCUUCUUCCGCCGUCUCCGUGGUGAGCAGCGGUGCCUCUGCAAUGCCAAAGACCAAGCUCGAAACCACCAGCAAUGUUACCACGGUCAAAGUUGCAUCUAACAUCAACACCCCCAUCCUUUUAGCACCCCCCAAGGACCCCGUUACCAUCGCCCCACGACCGGAUCAACAGAAGCAGUUGGAGGAGAGCGAGGAGGAAAAAACGGAUGAGGAGGAAGAGGACGAGAAUGACAAGGGUCCUCCGGUAACGAACCGCAUGGUGCCGAAGAUGACGAUGACGUCUAUCAACAAUAGGCCUGUGCUGCCCCAGAAACAGAACGGCCUGAAUUACUGGACUGCUAAAGUCCCGAUCAAGAUCAACACACUCUCGAGGGAGCAACUGGGUCUUCCUACUCACACUCGUACCAUCCCUCCUCCUCCCACUCCCAGCAUCGCACCAGUCAGCCCAAACAUCCCGAAUACCGCCAAGGUGGCAAGGUCAUCCACCCCCGUUUUGAGUAAAUCCAGUUCCUCAGAAAACAGCUUCCUCAGCCACUCUUCCAGCCGCAGGCCACGCACGCACUUGUCCUGCUUGCAGCUUUACAUUCUGCAGUCCUGCUACGAGACUUGUGCCCACCCGAAUGCCAUAGAGUGCGAGGCCCUCGGCACCGCCCUCAACCUGCCCCUCAAGGUGGUCCAAAUCUGGUUCCAAAACACCAGAGCUAAGGAGAAGCGCUGGAGGCUGCAGCAAGAGAAACUGUCUCUAUCAAGUGGUGGGAAGGUGGACGUGAGCUCAGGAAGUUACCUGCAUUACAACGCUCUCAAAGCCAAUCGUCCCAUCCUGCCCAAACCUGUUCAGCUGACAUUCACUGAAUCGCCAGCUUCCCCAACGACCGGCCAGUCGGCACCAAGCGAGACCCUGACUGGCUGCUGCAAUGCCUGCAAAGUCUCGUUUAAAUCCGGGGCGGCCGCGAGGGCUCACGUCUUCUCCCCGCAUCACCUCGCCAUGCUGCGAACCACUGACUUUGGCCAGCCCACGACGCUCGUCAACAAGAAUGGAACCGGUAGCGCCCUAGCUAGCUCCGGCGCUAGUUCCGGGAUUGAGGUGGUCAUCGAGUUGCCUCCAUCUGCGGCCACCAGCAACAGCUAAAAAAAUAAAACAAACUCAGAUCAGGAUUGGUCUGCACACUGACUAUUGGACCCAUUUGGGCUCCUAAAAUUUUAAUAAACAAGUUUGAGCACUAUUCCUCACAACCUAACUUCAUUUUUUUGGCUUUUUUUUAGUUUUUUUUUUUGGGGAAAGUUGGCUUUUUCUGCACCUCCAUAUCCUUUUUCUGAUGACUCAAAUGGACUCCGGAAUCAAACAGCAGAAAACUCUUCCCAUGCUGCUUCUAUGAGUGAUGGAUAAUACCUAUUUUAAUUGUCACACCUCAACCAUUUUUUUUUUUGUUAAAGACCUUCCUUACAAAUGGUGAAGGCAUUCAAACUUGCCAUGCUUGAGACUGCAAAUGCGCUUUGGUCCUUUGGAUGCGGCCUGCAGGCCCAACAAGUCACUAUUUGGGAUUACAGGAAAUACUUGCAGUAAUAACUCAUUUUGCGCCUGUGGAAUAUAAAUUUUUUUAAUUUCCAGAGCAAAGAUUGCUUGGGUAUAACAUGAAUUGACUGAACAAAUGUGAUGACUGUCACCCUUUUAUUGCUACGGGGUAUGUGGUCUGGGGAGUGUUGUGUGUACUCAUUUGGGAAAUACUAGAGGUACUUUAGAGAGAUAGAGAGGGCUUUUAACUUUUCCCCAUGUAUAGUUUUCAUGACAAUCCAAACAAACAGGUUGUAGAAAAGUCAAGAAUCUUGGCAUACCGCACUUUGACACAUUUUACAUAGUUUGAAAUGUUUUUAAGCAUUCUAAUGCAAGUGUCUUUUUAUGGAAAGAUGCAUUCAUGCAUGUUGGAUGCCUUAAUAUAAAUUGUGAAAUAAAUUGAUUCAUUUCUUUUUUUGCUAGUCUCUUGAAACAUGCUUUAGGUGUAAGCAUAAUAUUGUGCAAGAGGGUAUAAAGAUGUAAAAGAGCUCUGUCCCCCAAUGGCUUUUACACACUUUGGGUGCAGGGAGAGGAGAUCUGAAUGUCAUCCUUUUGAUAGAACAUAGCAAACCCUGCCUGUAAACAUGUCGCCAGCUUUUUUCUCCCCCUCAGCCAAGGACAAAAAAAAAAAAGUUGCAAAUCUCUGAUCCUGUGGAUUUCUAUUUCCCACCCAAAUGAUGUGUUGUGUCAUGUAUAUGUCUCAUUUUGAAAAGCGCUCUUAAAAACUGUCAAAGUUCCGAUUUAUGGCCGCCUUAAAGAGGAUCCUCAUAGGUUUUUCUCAAUUGAACUAAUUUUCCAAAUAGUAUAAAUUGCUCUACAAACUAUAGCACCCCCUACCCCAUAGUUGCGAAUUCUGGUCAUGCACGUGCUGUGAAAUAGACAUGAUCUGUUCAAACCAAACAAGGGAGGAAGUUUGCUAUUACUAAAUAUCCUGCACUAAUGGAUACUCUAUUCUAGGAAAGUACAUUGGGGAACAUUUUUAUCAUUUUGACUGAGCGCUAAUAAGAUGGUGCUGUGUUGAAGGACACACAACUUACUAAAGAUGUUUUUUUCCUUCAGUUUGUAUAUUAAUGUUACUAUUCAUAGUUUUAACAAAAAUGCAAACCUAAAAUGAUCUUUUUGUAAAUGAAAUAUAUUAAAAAUAACUGAUAUUCCAAAGUAAUCAUUUUUUUUGUUCAAUUUCUGUCAUUAAAAAAAAAAAAAAAAAGAAAACCAAAAA